GAGAGAGAGAGAGAGAGAGAGAGAGAGAGAGAGAGCGCGAGAGAGAGAGACUCUGGGGAGGGGUUGCACAACAACAUGGACCAGUAUAACUUGCAAUAACUAUUCAAAGCUUUCAAGUAAGCAGGACAUUAUUGACUCCUCUUCAGUAGUGGGUGUGAUGCCACCAUGGAGGCACAGAACAACAACCAGCCCACCAUAAGCAACCAUAACAAUCUCUACAGGAUUUCUGGUCAGGAAGAUCAGAAAAACGUGCCAAGCUGUAAGUACUGCUGCACUCUGGCAAACUUCCGGAUUGAGAAGAAGAUUGGUAGGGGCCAGUUCAGUGAGGUCUACAAAGCCACAUACCUGCUGCAGGGGCAGCUGGUUGCACUCAAGAAAGUCCAGAUCUUUGAGAUGAUGGAUGCCAAGGCUCGUCAGGACUGCAUCAAAGAGAUAGAUCUAUUGAAGCAGCUGAAUCACCCCAAUGUAAUCAAAUACCUAGACUCCUUUAUUGAAGACAAUGAGCUCAACAUAGUUCUGGAGCUGGCGGAUGCUGGAGAUCUGUCCCAGAUGAUAAAGUACUUCAAGAAGAAGAGGCGACUCAUUCCAGAGAAAACUAUAUGGAAAUAUUUUGUGCAGCUCUGCAGCGCCCUGGAGCACAUGCAUUCACGCAGAGUAAUGCACCGUGAUAUCAAGCCAGCCAACGUGUUCAUAACAGCCACUGGGGAGGUAAAGUUGGGUGACCUGGGAUUAGGCCGCUUCUUCAGCUCUAAAACCACAGCAGCACACUCCUUAGUGGGGACACCUUACUACAUGUCACCAGAGAGGAUCCAUGAGAAUGGAUACAAUUUUAAGUCCGAUAUCUGGUCCCUGGGAUGUCUUCUGUAUGAGAUGGCAGCGCUGCAGAGUCCAUUUUAUGGGGACAAGAUGAACCUCCUUUCCCUCUGCCAGAAGAUUGAGCAGUGUGAUUACCCUCCCCUCCCACCUGACCAUUACUCUGAGAAGCUGCGGGACCUGGUUAGCAUGUGCAUCAGCCCGGACCCAGACCAGCGGCCGGACAUCAUCUUUGUGCUGCAGAUCGCCAAACAGAUGCACAUGUGGACUUCAAGCACCUGAGCACCAUUUCUGCUCCAAGCCCCCUCUUUGCUCAGUCUGAGGACUGCUAGAAGUAAGCUCUGCCUGAUCCUGCAGAAAAGUGUUUGUUUUACCCUUAUCUGGACAGGAGGAAACCAUGGAAAGACUUGCACAAGUGGACUGUGAUGUCUUGGCGUCCAAACACCCACUUAUUUUCUGUCAUGGAGGAUGUAAAGAGAUGCAUUAUGGUGCAGCACUCUUGGAGAGUGGAGUUUAUGAAACCACACUUGUGAGAGGGGACUGCAUUAAUGCCCUUUUCUUUGAGCUGAGGAUAGAAAGCUAUGUCUCACUAUGAUCACAGAUUUCUUUAAGCUUUUUUCUUGUAUAACUCCACAGGGUUUGCAUUCCAACUUGUGUCAGGUAAAUGUGUGCAGUAGCGUUGAGCAAUUUGUCAUCUAUCGUCUGUUAUUGUAAUCAAGGUUUUUUUAAUAUUGUCAAUUUAAGUACAUAAUUUAGGGGUCUAAAUGGACUUAGUUAAUAGUUAUUAGAAAUAACUAAGUCAGAUUUCUCUGAGAAUGAUUUCUGAAAGGAUGCAGCUUUGCCUAACUGCUAGCUUGCAGUGAGUCUAUUGUGAUGGAGAUCAUCUAGAAAACUUGACAUGUGAUACAUAUAUUUAUUUCUAUUAGAAGAAGGUCUUCUGUGUGGAAGCCAGAGUGACUGGUGGUUUCUAACUUUUCUAGGCCCAGUAUCUCAAGACAAUCAUUUAAACAUUAUCUUCAGGUUGUAGAGCACUUAGUUUUUUAAGGCCUGUUUUCCCAAAAUAGACUAAAAAUUGACAAAAUAAUCUUGAUUCAAGGUCUACUCACUAGCUUUUCCCAAAGCUUUCAACCACAUCCCAUCUGCUAAUGAAUUGCCACAGUGCCCACUUGCGUGUUAAGACUGCAGAGAGAGAAGGUUUAUCAGACCUCACUGGGACACAGCUAGUUAACUAAGCUCUCCUGUCAUUCAUGCAAAUAGAAACGCAUGGCUUAGUAGAGCUCAGGUGCUUUGUUGGUUUGAUUUUAUUUUCAAUAAAAUGAUAAGUAGGAUCAACCAUACAGCAUUACAGUCACAAACAAUUCAAUUUAAUUUAUUCAUAUAGCACCAAUUCAUAACAGAAGUUAUCUCAUUGCACUUUUCCUAUAGAGCAGGUCUAGACCAUACUCUUUAUAAAAAACAGAUGACAGUAAAAGACACAUUCUGUGGCUGGGAAGAGUAAUUAAAUGGAGUAAUCAAGAUGAUGAUGAGACAGGCAGGGAGGGUCUAACAAAAGAUUUAUUGAGUGACAUUAUGGGAAUUGUUGAAUACUUGACCAAUACUGUAUACUAGAAGUCAUGGUAUAUCAGCCUCUGCUGCUACAGUUUUGACCAUCCUUUAUUAUUUAAAUUUUAAAUUUUAACUGUCUUGCAAGUCCCCCAACAUUAUAGGAGUACAGUUCUAAAUCGCUGAAGUAACCCUUUAAGUCAUGAUUGCAGUUACCUUGGUAUAACAAGACAAUGAAGUUGUGAUCUUUAGAUAACAGGCCUAAAAAAAUCAUUAUCAUCCACCACAGCCCCUCUUGGCUUCCAGUUGUCUUUAUUUUUGAUAAGGAUUGGACUUUUAUUUUUCUCAUUGCCCAGUCUAAUUUGUGAACUAAGUAAGUGUCCUUGUUCCUGGAUGUAAUACUCGCAAACUGCGCCACCCUCUGACUUUACCCUUUUAGCUCCUUAUACUCAGUAUAUUUUGAAUUUAUUGUUGAUUUUUUGUUGCCUAAAUACUUAUAUUUUGCAUAUUCAGUGUUGAUAGUAGAAUUAAGAAAGGAAGAAAAAACAUUUUGUUUAAGGACAAUAAAAAGAUUAACAACUUAAACACACACACACACACACACACACACUGUUCUAGAAUAGUACUAGUAGUAGAAUAAUUUGUGCCGGGGUGGUGGAUGUUGUUUAGUAUUCCAAAGAAUGUUGCAUAUGAUUGCAGUUUUAUAUGAUGUACAAUACCAGAAUGCAGUUUAUGAUUUCUUCAGUGUUUAUAUGUGCAAAUAUAAACCAUUGUUACUGUGAAACUGUAGACACCAUAGAAAUGUGUGCUGUGAAAGUCAUUUUGAUAGGUAGUGCUAAACAAGAAUAUGUUCUUAUGUAAGGAUCAUAUCUAAUGCACAGUGCCUUAUACCACACAGAGGAACUGAACAUUCUUGUAUUCAUUUGCUAACCCUCUAGACCCUAUAGUGCCCCAGAACGCCGUUCUAUAUUUCACUAUAGUGCCCGUCAUUUUAAAAUCAUCCUGUGUAUCAAAACACAGAAAAGUCCUGAGCUUUGUAUUGUAGCUACUUUAAGUUGAUUUUGUUUAGCGGAUUUCCACCCUAGUGAGGACUGACCGGGUCGCGGCGACUUUUCUACAUAUAAAUUAGGCGACUUGUUCUUAUAGAAAUUGCCAAAUAGACUACCUACUACCACAUUUCUGUUGUUUGUUCUUAUCAUUGCUGUGUGGGUUGACGUGUGGGACAUUUCUCUUUUAUUCUGAAAGCCUAGCCUUAUCCAGUGAAGCAUCUGUUUUGUUAGACUGAAUAUUGACUCACAAAGCAAACGGAGAGAAAUUUUGUGGAUCACAUAUUCAUUAUAAAAUUGAGCUGAAGUUACUUCUUCUUUUAGGUAGACUGAGAUGCAUUUCUCAUUGAAUGUUUUGAUUGUUUGGCAUAAUUAUAUAUUAAUUUCAUGUAGGUCUACACCAAAGUAAAAAUAGGGUAGGAUUAUAGCUAUAUUUGUUGACAAAGCAGAUGGGUAGAAAUGUUGUGGAUCACAUUCUUGUUGUAAAAUUGAUUUGGAGUUACUUUAUCUUUGUUUAGAAUCCAUUGCAUAUCUCAUUGAAUAUUUAGAUUGUUUGGCAUCAUUACAGUUAUUCAUUUCACAUUAUGUAGGCUACAAGUAAAAAUAGCCUAAAUAGGAUGUUAUUGUUGGCUAUUAUUAGCUCACUUGGAGUACAGUUUGUAGUGACUUGCAGUUUUGAUAGAAAAAAAGUGUGUGUGAGGAAGAUAGGAUAAAUUGUGAAGUUAAAGGAAAUAGCUAUUUACAAAUUUUAGUUCUAUUUGUUGUUUUGUCUGGUGUUUUUUUAUGUGUUGAAUCAAACUCGGUCUAAACAGCUACACCCUUUCACAUAUUUGGUAUAAAUUAAAGAGGAAGUUGUGUUUUAAAAUGAACACAACUUGUGAUUGUCAUUUUCUUUUUGUUUUUGAGAUAGAGCUGUUUGUUUGGAUUGAGUAGGAAAAUGCUAAUUUAAGUGAGGGUUCUCAGUGCUCCACUGCAGCAACAUUCUAGAAUUCAACUGGGGUCUAGAGGGUUAAUGACAACUUGUAUUCUAUGCUAAUAAAAUAAAUGUAUUGCAUACACAGGAAGGGAAGUUUAGAGUUUUCAUCAUGUUUAGACAACUUAUGUAUUGUAUCUUUAUCUUCCAUCUACUGUACUUAUUGUGACUUUUCACUCAAAGUAUUGUGUCUCAAUGUUUUUACCAACUGUGCAACAUGACAUUAAAUUUAGCUCUAAGCGGAAUCACUUUAAGUGCUUCCUCUUUCUUUUAAAAGA